ACAACGGGGCACUAUGACUGGUACGAGUUAUGAAUAUUUGUGGAUACAGACAGAAAAGUCGAAAUUCGAAGUCAGCUUCACUCGGUAAACAAGAGCAAAAGUUUGAUGAGGUCUGCAGCACUACUUUUCUUUUAGGAUAUUAAACGCUGGAUAGCAAAGUUACAUUAUGAAUCGCACAUGCUUGAAGACAGCACGUCCAACAGUACUUUCAGCAUUUUAUUAUCUGUUAUAUAAUAUAGUAUUGGCUGGUAGCCUAAACUACUGUACUAUCAUCCCAUAUGUAAACCCUUAGAAAGGAUCACUGCUUGUGCACUUUCUCCGCCAACUCUUCUCCAAACAGAUGUGUGCAACUCAGAAUAGUGGUCGUAUCUCUGGAGCUAAACAUGUGGACAUCUUAAUGGAAAUCAUCUCAGAAUUUGUUUUCUGCGAAGUAGACAGAAGAGGAAGUAGGAAGAGGAGGCUGAACUAUAUCCAAGAGCUGCAGCUUCUUGAAGUAUUAUGUGAUUACUUUACAUACAGUGGGAACAGCAGUGAAGCAGUAAAGAACUCGGUCUUUAUGUCUCUUUUCCCUCCAACCCACAGUGAUCGCUCUCGACUCCUUAUCAAACUUGUUUCCAUGGCCAGCUCCACCAAAAAUGUGCCAGUGCUUACUGCCACAGGGAUUUGGAUGCAGCAAUUGGGUUGCACUUCUAAAUUUAGCCUUGACUUGGCCCAGGGACUGGUGAAAGAUUACUUUGUCCUCAUUCCAAAGGCUGUGAGUGGUCUCCAAGACUUACCACAACUUGCACCACAAUUUACUGCAAAUUUCUUGACAGCUGUAGCUGAAAUGUAUGGUGUUGUUGAGAAAAGACACAUAUUCAGUCCCCCACCUGACACGCUGCUGGAAGUCAUCACACAAUGGGUGUCAGAUAACCCCACCCUGUGUUUUGCUGCCCUGGUGGUGAACCUUCAGUUAGCUCUGCCACUUGGGGGAAUUCCUAUGGCAGCCAUCACACCAUUUGCUGGUUUGUUCAAGUGGUGUAUCCUUGCUCCACUGCAUUAUGCUGAUUUAUCAAGUUGCAGUGACAUUCCAAAUUCUAAUGAUUCUUUAGAAUCUCCAUUGUAUUCUUGUCUCCAUCUGGCAUUGCUGGAGAGUUUGUUGGAGUGCUGUACCCCUCCUCCUGAGGUACAUCAUGUGGUAGCAUCUGCCAGUAAGAACAUAAUAUCUGCCCAACAUCUUUUUGCAAUUGUGGAACCUGUCACCAGAUGGCUCAAGGAGCAUAUGAGAAUUGAUGAUGAAUCAGUGCGAAUGAGGGGUGAAACUGCAGUGAACAAGACUCUUGAUAGGUUUGCACAGGUCAUACAAGUGGGUCUUGUUACCCACUGUGUUUAUGGAAACAUACAAGAACUUUUCAAUCAGCUGGAAAUGCUGCCAGAAAAUAGAUUGCUACAAAUUGUAAUAAAUGCACACAGAAAUUUAUGAAAGUGGAUAUGAUGGUAUCUGUGUUGACUGCAUGGAAAUUCAAAAAUUGUUCGGGUAUGUUUUCAAGUUUUAGUUAUGGCAGAUCUUGUAUGUUUUUGUAAACUGCACAUUUUAUCUACGUCUAUAACAAGCACUGAAGCUGCUGUUGCCAUGGUAACUGGUUAAAAAAAAGCUGUUUUUAAUUUGAUAGAUGUGAAGUUAAUAUUAAAACUGAUCUCAAGAAAAAACAGUGGUAGAGUGUGGACUGGAUUCAUCUGGUUCAGGAGAAGGACCAUGAUUGUAUAUAUUAAAGGAAGCUUAAAUGAUGUUACCACUUUGAAAUUUUGUAGACCUAUAGUAUAUGUUAUACAUAGGAUAAUUAUGAUCAUAAAAUUGAUGCCUAAAAGCCUAAAAUUAGAUAUUUAUGAGCACUUAUAAUGGUGAAGUUGUGCCUGUGCCAUCGGGACAUAGGGAAGAUGAGUCUUAAUGUCAACGCUAUAUGGAGAGGUGUUCAGCUUCACAUUUUGCCCACCUAACCCCCAAGGAAUGAGGCCAUUAGACCCAUUAGAUAAGGAUGGCUGGACCCUAGAGCCAGUGUGGCAAUGAAAGGAAAAACAAAAAAUGAAAUUAUACUUGUUAGUAUAUAAUCGUCAGUGUUUGAGUAGACAAAGUUAGCCACAGAUAACCUAUUGCAAACUGGCUAUAACAAACCUAUGGUAGUAUAAUUCCAUCAGCCUGUCAGGUACUAUAUAUGUCAUAAAUAUUGUGACACAUUUUUAUAAAACUGUUUAAUAUGUUGAAUGUGGUUUUGCACAAAAGUAUAUUGUUUAACCACACUGGUUUUCAGAAAAUCUGAUAUUAAAAGAAUAGUACAGUAAAAACAUGAAGCAAGUAUGAACAAAUACAACUAGCUUUACUAAUUAAGGUCCACUAGUGUUAUAAGCAGUGAUCAAUUGAGUGGGAUAAUUAUUGUAACACCUUUAUUUAGCCUUAUUUGUUUCACAUAUUUUACUAUUUCACAUGUGGCUUUUAUUGACAUUAACUGAAAGCAUCUGACAAUGGUGAAGCAUUGAUUAAAAUGGCUUAAAUCUUCUUGACUGUUUCAGAAGUGCCAACUUCUUCUUGUCUUCUUCAAAUUUUUUCCUCAGAUUCACUAAAUCUAAAAAACAAAAUGGAAAAUAGCUUUCAUUAUAUAUAUAUUAUAAAUACCAGGAAAUUGAGAAUAACAAAUAAUUACCAAGUGAUCCAGCAUUUACUCUUGAAUGUUCGGGUAAAUGAAUAACUGAGAACAUGAGGAAUAUGGAAAUUAAGUUUUUUUUUAUACAUGGUUCAUUCUGUUCUGUAAUAAACUGUAUAACAGUUGCUGUGCAUACACACACACACUA